AUGGCAUGUCCAGUAUUUUUAAGAAAUUUCUCAAUUUUCCUUACUUCGUCGAGUAUCACAAUUCAAGCUUGUGUAACAGAUGAAGACUGCAGUCUGAAUGGUGUUUGUAGCCACCCCUCAAAUAAAUGUGAAUGCGACUUGGGAUGGAAGUCAGAUGAUUGCGGCCAACUCGACCUUCAGCCUGCCACGCGGUGGACGGGAUACAACUACACAAACUUCACUCUGCCAGACUUCUACGGCACAAAAGGAAACUCAUCAUGGGGUGGUAGUAUCAUCCAAGACCGUUUUGAUAAAAAUCUCUUCCACCUGGUCAUUGACCAGUUUGCUCACGGAUGUGGGUUAUCGGGCUGGAGGCCGUUUAGCACCGUGAUUCGCGCUGAGUCGCACACGGGGCCGGCUGGUCCAUAUCAUUAUGCGGAAGAGCUUCUAGGAACGUUCCACCACAAUUCCAAAGUAGUGUGGAGUCCGGCGGAUGAGAAGUAUCUUCUGUAUACCAUAGGAAUCGAAACUGAUACGCCGGGUACGUGUAAAUCGUACAAAUGGGCAAACAACAUCUCCGUCUCUAGCGCUCCUGACAUUCGCGGGCCGUGGGGGCCGUCAAAACACCUUCUCGAUGCGACAAAUCCAGCUCCGUGGCCGUUGUGGACACAAGAUAAUCCUACCGCUGAGAUGAUAUUAGGUGUAGAGGACAACUUCAUCUACCAUGCCAAAGACUUUAAUGAAACCUUUAACUUGAUCAAGUCGAUGCCCUGGAAUACGUCCGACUACAGCGAUCACUGGACGGAAGAUCCCUUCUUAUGGCGAGAUAGACGCGGAAACUGGCAUAUUCUCUGCCACUGGAUGAUCGACAUCGCAGAAAGGGGAGAGAAAUAUCCUCGAGUGGGCGGUCACCUAUUCUCGCGUAGUCUAACAGGUAAUUGGACGUUCAAGUUGCAACCGGCGUACAACACAACGGUGUACUUCACCGACGGUGGAAGAACUGAUUACUAUCGAAGAGAACGGCCGCAACUCUAUUUCAGCGAUGAUGGAAACCUCACGCCGCUGUACCUGAUCAACGGUGUACAAGAGUUCAAUAGCCUGGCUAGCUAUACCUUGAUUCAGCCUAUCAGAACAGGGGCGAAACUAUGAGAAAACGCUAGGAUUUUGAUUUCUACUCGUAUUGAGUUGGGAUCUGUUUUUUAUUACUUCGUUUAUUAGCGUAUAUUGAGACGGGGUUUCCCUCGUGGACAUGGAUAAAAAUAGAAUUUAGAAAUCCGGGGAAGACCUUAAACUAGGUCGCAUUUAGCGAACUGCGCGACU